CGUUACAUGUGGAAAGUGCUCCAGAGUGAAGCACUCAUCAUGCUCCUACACAACAUCACCGGCAUCGAUGGCUUGGAGAAUGAUCCGCAUCUCCAUGGUGCAGGCCUCCAUUACCAUCCGGCUGGUAGCCGGCUUGAAAUGCACCUUGACUACUCGAUUCAUCCUAUCACGAAGAAAGAAAGACGGGUGAACCUGAUCGUGUACAUGAACAAGGGCUGGAAGGAAGAGUGGGGAGGACAUCUUUCCUUGUGGGAGGGAACACUUGAGAGGAUGGAGAAAGAAGCCACUCGCAUUGUUCCUAGAUUCAACACAGCGGCUUUGUUUCGCACGUCGGACAUAAGUUGGCACGGCAUGCCUGAUCCUGUUGCUUGCCCCCCUCACGAAGCUAGAAAGAGCGUUGCGAUCUAUUAC